AUCUCUUGACAAUAACAAGAUUGAUGGUGCCUCAUCCAUCUUCCACCUCUUCAACCUCACCUUAUUGAAUCUUGGAAAUAACAAGUUAAAGGGUACAAUCCCGUCGGCCGUAUUCCACCUCACCAACCUCGCCUUGUUGGACCUUCGAUGGAAUCUUUUCACAGGCUCCAUCCCAGCAGCAAUUUCUGGCCUCUCUCUCCUCUCUUACCUUUCUCUUGCCGGUAACAGACUCACUGGCGCAAUCCCUUCAUCCAUCUUCCGCCUCACCAAUCUUGCCUUGUUAGAGCUCCGUUGGAAUCAACUGUCAGGCACCAUUCCCGCAACCAUCUCUGAACUGGCUGCCCUCUCACACCUUUUCAACAUCAGAGUCACGGGCUCCAUUCCCCUUGAGAUGCAGAGCCUUACCAAGCUGCAAUCUCUAUACCUCAGCUAUAUGAAUCUGUCAGGUCCCUUCCCAUCCUGGAUAUCUGGUCGCACCAAUCUCAGAAAGCUAGAGGCUCCGCGCAACAGCAUCAGUGGCAGCAUACCAGAGUCCAUCGGCAGCACCAUCCACCUUGAAGUCUUCUCCGUGUGGAAGAACAACCUGUCAGGCGUCAUUCCCGAGUCCAUAGGCAGCCUCACCAAGCUCAGCAGCCUGGACUUGUCAGACAACCAGUUUGAAGGAACCGUCCCCGAGGGCAUCGGCAACAUGAAGUAUAUUCGGAAAUUGGAUCUUUCCAACAACCACUUGACCGGCUCUCUCCCCACCACCCUCUCUCGCCUCUCUCACCUGUUUCAGCUGUUCCUCAACCGCAACAACUUGAAUGGUUCGUUUCCUCCCUGGAUUGCCAAGAUGUCCAGCAUUGGGUGGCUAUACCUCAGUGAAAACAAUUUCUCAGGCCCCAUACCUGCUUCUCUUGGCGGCUCUAAAGGCCUCAUCUUUCUUGAAAUAUCAGGUUCGGGCCUCAUGUGCCCCCCAGAUGCGUCCAGCUGUGUGGUUCGGCAAACCAACUACAGCGCCUUCUGCCAAGACUGCCAUGGCUUCUGUGCCACGUGCACGAGUGAUCAAUCCCCAACCCCAUCACCAAUCGUGGCCUCCCCUCCACCGUCCCCAUCACCCAGUCAACCCCUUGGUGGUUUGCCGCUGCCCACUUCAAGAUUUCCACAGAAGACUCACUCAGCCCGCACUUGGGGAACACAACGACACCGUGCCGACGGUAUUCUCUAG